AUGGAGGAGCGUGCCACGCAACUGCAGCUGAAGACUCAGGAAUUGGAUGACGCAUAUGCAGCUGGAAGGCGGGAGAUGCAGUCGGCUAUUGCAGCCAAGGCAUCUCAAGAAGAGAGAGGUAGAGAAUUAGAAGCAUGCCUGCGGAAAUCUCGCACGGAGUGCGACACGCUGCAAGCCCAAAGCAGGGCCCACGAGCGAGAGAUGGCGUUUGCAGAGGCCCAGCUGCAGGAUUUGCAACAAAAUCACCGUGAGCUGCAAGUCAGGCACGACCGGCUGCGUUCGCAGCAGGCGCAGCUUGAGCAUGCGCUGCAGGCAAGAGAUGCGGAGAAGACUUCGGCUGAAGAACUGGCCGCGGCGUUGAGGCUGCAAGUUCGAGAUCAAGAGUCGCAGUGGCAAAGAAGCGAGAGCGAGAUGAGUGCGCUGCGAUUUGCAGCCUCCCAACACCAAGAGCGGUCAACGGAACUUGAGGCAACAGUUUGCAAGUUGCGCCUGGAGAAGGAAGACUUGCGCGCGCUUCAGGAGAGCAACGAUUCGCGCAAUGCAUCCCUUGAGGCGGAAGUCGAACAUUUGCUCCACGCAAGGGGCAAGCUGCAGAAUGAGCAAGGCCAGUUGGAGUACGAUGUGAAAUGCACCAAGCAGGAGCUGCUGGUUGUCCGGCAAGAGAGGCUUGUAAUGGAGGAGCGUGCCACGCAACUGCAGCUGAAGACUCAGGAAUUGGAUGACGCACAUGCAGCUGGGAGACGGGAGAUGCAGUCGGCUAUUGCAGCCAAGGCAUCUCAAGAAGAGAGAGGUAGAGAACAAGAAGCAUGCCUGCGGAAAUCUCGCACGGAGUGCGACACGCUGCAAGCCCAAAGCAGGGCGCACGAGCGAGAGAUGGCGUUUGCAGAGGCCCAGCUGCAGGAUUUGCAAAGACUUCGGCUGAAGAACUGGCCACGGCGUUGA